UGGUAUCAACCUCAUAUGGCAUUCGUGUUUUUCGUUACGCAUUGACGUAUUGCAUGUACGGUAAUCACCUCUAAUUCUUGAUCGCAUCGGGACACUUGUAUCUAAUUUCUCACAAAACGGAUCAACGGGUUUGUUUGAAACGUUAGACUGUAUUUGGAUUGUUCGGGAUAUUUCGGAUUUUCGUUGAGAAAAUCAUUAAAAUUUGCACACUACAGUGUUUGUCUUUAAACUAAAAUCAAAAUGCCGGACGUUGGGCUUCAGAAAAGGAAACCUACGCUAACUUCGGCGGACAACCCUUCGUCGAUUGUGAUUCCCAAUCUUGUUAAUAAUUUGGCUACCAACAAGACUGUCUUUAAGCUCGGGCAAAGGAAAUCUGGCACGAAACCGCGAACAACACUUCAAGAUUUCCAUCAGCUUAAAGAGCAAUGUUUAUCGAAAGAAGUGCUGUUCGAAGAUCCAGACUUUCCAGCGCGUAUAUCUUCGGUUUAUUUGAAGAAAAGAUGCGACAGAACCAUGACUUCGCAGAUGAUCGAGUGGAAACGCCCAAAAGAAUUAGUCGAUGAUCCACAAUUUGUGGUCGACGGAUUUUCGAGAUUUGAUGUGAAACAAGGAUCUGUCGGAGAUUGUUGGUUCCUUGCUGCACUCGCCAAUUUGUCGCUUUAUCCAAAUUUAUUUUGCCAAGUUGUACCAUCUGACCAAGGUUUCGGGGAAGGAUACGCUGGAAUUUUUCAUUUCCGAUUUUGGCAGUGCGGAAAGUGGGUGGAUGUGGUCAUAGACGAUCGUUUACCAACACGAGGCGGAGAACUUCUGUUUUUGAGAUCUAAUACAGCUAAUGAAUUUUGGAGUCCACUGUUCGAAAAAGCUUACGCGAAACUUUACGGCUGCUACGACGCUUUGGAUGGGGGUUGGAUCAGAGAAGCUAGUGAAGACUUUACUGGAGGAGUGGCCGAAAAUUUUAAAGUGGAAGAUGCAUCUUCGGAUCUAUUUGAACUAUUAUUAUCCGCUCAUCAAAGGCAAUCGCUCCUGGGAUGUUCGAUAAUUCCGGAGAGUAGUGAAGCCGCCGAAGCUACGAAAACCAUUCGUGGCGGAGAGGGCGAAGGUAAUCAAGGAUUGAUUACCGGUCACGCGUACAGUGUCACCAAUGUUUUGAAGUUGGAUGAUGAGAAAUUGUUGCGAUUAAGAAACCCAUGGGGCACCGAUGACGAGUGGACAGGACCAUGGAGUGAUAAAUCCGACGAGUGGAAAUCUAUUCCGGAUGAAAAGAAAAAAGAGUUGGGAUUGAGUAUCGAGGAUGAUGGGGAAUUCUGGAUAAGCUUCGACGAUUUCGAGUCAAAUUUCACCCACAUUGAAAUCUCCUACUUAGAUCCAGAGUCGUGUCUGAUCGAAGGAGUUACCGACCAUAAUAAAAAGAAAUGGGUAUUGAAUACUUUGGAGGGGGAAUGGGUUCACGGAGUCACAGCAGGUGGAAACAGCGACUGCUCGGAUUCAUUUUAUCUGAACCCACAGUAUGUCAUUACACUGAAAGAACCUGACGAUGGUGAAGAAGAAUCAUGUUCAGUUCUUAUUGCAUUGAUGCAGAGAAAUCCAAAGACACAAAAGGUCAGAGGUGAGGACUUACUUACGAUUGGAUUCGACGUCUAUCGCAUCGAUAAGUGUGAAGGCGUAUCGAAGCCGUUAGGUAAGAGCUUUGAAAAGUAUUGCAAUACAUUGGUCAUAGAAUCCGCAUACGAAGCUGAACGUGAAGUUAGCGUUCGUACGAAAUUGCAGCCAGGAACGUACGUUAUCAUUCCAACUGCUAGCGAUGUCGACGAAUCCGCUGAAUUUUUGCUGCGAGUACUUUCUCCAAAACCCAAUUAUUUGGAAGAGUAUGAUCAGGAGCCCGGUCUUGGGGAACCUGACGAAAAGGCGUUGAUACAUAGACAACCACUGAGCAAGUCUAUGGAUCAAAUUCGAACGUACUUUGAGGAACAGGCUGGUGAUACGUUGGAAGUCAACUGGGAACAAUUAAAAGAUGUACUCGAGUAUUCUAUAGAAUUGCCUGAGGACGCUUUGAGCAAAAAUACUUAUCGAAGCAUCGUGACCAUUAUGGAUGCAGAUGAAUCGGGCAACAUCGGAUUUGAAGAAUUCAAAACAGUUUUGAAUGACGUCGCCAAUAUAAAGGCCGUAUUCGACUUAUACGCCUUAGAUGAUUCCGAAACUUUAAAAACGUCUAAGCUUAGACAGGCUCUGAACAGCGCUGGUUAUCAAGUAAAUAACGGGGGUUUAAAUAAAUUAGCACGUCGCUAUGGCAGCGACGAUGACACAAUGACAUUCGAAGAUUUGAUGCAGUGUGCAUUGCUGAUAAGAAAAUUCAUCGUUAAACAUGGUGAAUAAAAUACCAUAAAAUGUGGAAGGAUUUGAGGAUCAUAAUAGAAGGAAUAUGAUCUAUCGACCGAUCUAAAAUAAUACUACCCCAAGUACAAUAUAUCUAUUCUUUUACUGUGAGUUCUAUUUGACCAAUUAUCAAUUUAUUCCUCGAUGGAUUUAUUCAUCCAUGACUUUUAAGCGUGUGCUAAAUAUUCCAUUAUGUACGACGAUAUAAAUAUUAAAUACAUACAUUGAAGCAUU